AUGCUUGGCAUGUUGGAUGCUGCAAAUUGUCUGAGUAAGCUCUCUGGUCCAAAAAAACUGGCCACUGAUUUUGGUAGCAGAACGAUUCUUGAGCUCUGCAUCCCAUGUGGACAUGAUGGCUGA